GUGAUUAGCAACACUGUGAAUGUGAAGCUCUCUGAAAAAGUUUUUCUGGUGAAAAUUGUUCGAUUUCUGCGAACAAAAAAGAAAACAAGGACGAGACUAAGGGAGAUAAAAGUAUGCGCUUCCUAUCGCUGAACAUCAAAGACUGCCUCGGCUGCAGCGAUGUGAGCGUGUCGUUCCCCCAAUCGAACAGCGUGCAUGUGCUGCUGUACAAGCCAAUGAGGCAGGAGCAGGCCCGCGACACCGUCAAUGUGGCCGUGACGCCUGUGGCACAGGCCAUACAGCUGCUGUGCACUCGGAUCUUUCCGGACGCCGAGAGCUUGGAGCGGCUGCCGCUGCUGGAGGUGGGACGCGGCAGCGUUUCCCUGCGCUUCCAGGUGUUGCAGCCCACACCCUCGGAGGAGGACAGCGACAGCGACAGCGACUGGGACCUGGAGCCGUCCACAUCGGCGCACGCAAGAGUGCGUCUCGAGGAGCGGAAGAGACGCCACGAGGCGGCACGUAAUCCCAAGAAAAUUAUCGUAGUCGAAACGGAGGUGAUGGUCGAGCGGCGAUUCGACGAUCCCCAGAGUCUGGACUGGGUCACCUUUACGGCGAACGGUGGCGAGAUCCUCAAAUGGCAGCUGGACGAGUUCCACGCUCAGUUCUUCGAGGAUCCCCAGUACUCGUCCAUCCAUUUGUGGGAUCUGCAGCACAGGUGCGCCGGCAAUUGGCUGCAGAUCAUCCGGGCGGACGGCAAUGGCUACAAAAACUUUCAGACCCCGGGCAAUCCGUUUGAGAUCUUUGCCAAGCUCUUCGUUCGCAAGGAGCUGGAUGGGGAGGAUUUGGUGUGCAAAUUGGCCGAAUCCUGUAUUACCGGCCACAAGGCCGUACUCCGCUCGGAGCGUCUGUUCGUGAUGCAGGCGUUCAACCAUGUGCGCCGCAUAUUCGAGUACAUCACCAUGAAGCAGUACACGGUGUGGUUCCUGGUGCCCGGCGCCCAGGGCCCUCAAAGUCUGACCGAAGAGGAUCUCGACUUCGAUUUGCGUAAUGUGCGCACUUCCAUCCGUAUUGCUGGCGACAACAGGAACAUCUUCUGGAGCCAGUCCGAUCACAAUGUCCAGAACUUGCUGAUGGUCUCCUUCCAGUUGGCCCUGAGCAGCAUUGCCAAGCAAUCGGUGCUGAUUAUCAGCCAUUUGGAUAAGAUAGCUGAUUUCGUGACCUGGCAGAUUAUCACGGCUUCCUACAUGAACGACAUCGAUGCCCGUGGACCCACAGAUUCGAAAUGGGUCUGCAUGCGCUACUUGCAACGCAUCGUCGAAAUGGCCCAGGCCAACUGCAUCAUUGUCCUCAUCGAGUAUCCCAGCUUCCUGAGCAUUCUCUCCGACGAGCGGCAUGUGAUCAAGUGUGAGAAGCAGCCGGACAAAGAAUCCUGGGACGUUAAAGUUGCGUCCGCCGAAUCGUCCGAGUCCCGCUUGGAAAUCCUUAAGAAUGCCAUCGAUUUCGCGCUAGGCAGUGUCGCGCCCGCCACCCCUCAAGAAUAAGGCAUCUAUCAAGCGCUCAUCCAAUUUUAGUUUUACAAAUAUUUCCUUUGCUCCUCCAUUGUUCCAUUGCUCGUUUUGUAAUUACGCAGCCGCCGCCGCCGCCGCCGCUACCGCUCACGGAACAACAACAGGAGCUCCAUUCUUCAGCUCCAUUUCAAUUAGGGUUUUGCCGGCUGUCAGUUUGAAUCCCACACAGCCAGCAAGCCGAUAGAAAGCGCAUAUUUUUAUCUCCCUUAGUCUCGUCCUUGUUUUCUUUUUUUUUCGCAGAAAUCGAACAAUUUUCACCAAAGGCACGCGUCAUUUGCUGGCGAAAUGCAUUUUACGUAAACCUAAAAGCAUUUUAAGCCAAAUAUUUUCAUAAAAUAGUUAACAUUGUUAGGCCCUUUUAGACGAAGCCGAAGGAAACAGAACACUUUUUUUUUGUAGAAUUAUAUAUAUAGAUAUAUAUAUAUAGACUUAUAUAUAUAUAUGUAUAUAUAUAUAUAUAUAGAUAUUCAAGAUUUGGCAUUCAAUAAGUGCCUUGGUGGGGCCAAAUCUUACAUAUAUAACAUAUUCCAUUCAUUCAAAAAUAAUAUCAGAGAACAAGAGAUGGAUCCCAUUUAUUUCGAAAAAAUACACACUUUUUUUUUUAUUGUAUCAAGAUGAAUUGAUAAAAAAUGGAAAAAAAAUACACUAUUGAAUUCAAAACAAAAUAAAGCGAGCGAAGGAAAUAAUCAUUAAAAAAUCAUUAAAAUUUCACAAGGAAAACAAAAAAAAAUAUAAUUGGAAAAAAUUCUUUCUUUACAAAUACAUUUUUUUGUUUAUAUCCAAAUAAAAUUGAUCCACAAAAAUUAUGGAAAAAUAUCAGAAAGAAAAUGCACUGUUAAGUAACUGAAAAAUAAAGCGAGUGAAACAAAUAAUCUUUAAAAAUUCGAGUCUAAAAUUAAAUCAAUGUGCCAAGAGUUUAAGCCACAAAGAAAAAUAAUAAUAACCACAAAUAAUAUCAAAGAACAACAACA